AUAUAUUACACCUCAUGUAGCUUGGUUUCAAAAUCACACACCGAAGUUCAUAUUUCAAAUAUUCCCCAUCUAAGGAACAUUAAGAACACGUUGAUCAACAUGUCGACAACAUUUGAUCCGAUACAAAGGAUCAACGAUGGGUUUGAGCAGUUCAAGAUUAAUGAAUUCAACAAGGAUCCAGAUUAUUAUCGUCAACUAGCACAGAAACAACAACCAAAGUUUCUAAUGUUUGCUUGUUCGGACUCACGAGUUUCCCCUACUAAUAUCCUGAACCUACGACCUGGGGAAGCUUUCAUGGCUCGUAAUAUUGCCAACUUGGUCCCUGUGUCUAAUAAGGAAAGGUACUCCGACAUUGGUGCAAUCAUUGAAUAUGCAGUCGAAACUCUCAACGUUGAGGUUAUUUUGGUGAUUGGACACAGUCGAUGUGGUGGAAUUGAACGACUAUUAGCACUUCCGGACGAUGAAACAUCUUAUGACUUCCUAGACGAUUGGGUUAGCGUCGCCGAACCUGCAAAACAGAGGGUGAUCGCAGAGAAUCCUGACGCAUCGGGCGAAGAACUUCAAACACUGGUUGAAAAGGCGUCAGUGCUUGACUCACUAAAAAACUUGCUAUCCUAUCCUUACGUUCAAUCUGGAAUAGAAGCUAAUACACUUCAACUAUUGGGUGGAUACUAUGAUUUCGUUCGUGGAAAUUUUCAGAUACUUGAAACUGUAACUGUUUAACCAGCAACCAACAUACGAGAAUGAUUAAGUUCAUGGGAUUCACAGUAUUUCGUUUGUCUUCUUCCUGUUCCGUUUCGAUCAACUACCUUGUUUAUAAUCCAAGAAUAAGCACAAUGCAUGUGCAGUGGAAUAAAACUUUGUCUUCCUUUUCAAUAUAAUAUGGUGUUAUCUCGCAGUGAUGAGAUCUAUGUCGUUUUCUUAUAUUGUGUUAAAUAUUAAUAAUAAAGAUUAUAUAUUAUGUUAAGUAA